AUGAUCUCGCUCUUCCCGACACUCUUGUCCCUGGUAUUGCAGGUGGUAUUAUGCCUGGCAUCUCCCUCGCCCUUCCCGCGGCCGCAGCAGCACCCUCUGCCCCAACAACAUAACGAACCGCCGGGCGGCAUCUCGAACCGCUUCUUCGCCUCUCUCGAACGUCUCUCGCGGCUGGUGGAUAUCGCCUACUGCGUUGGCACCACCGGCCUCUCUCGGCCCUUCGAGUGCGCGUCGCGAUGCAAGGAGUUCCCGACGCUUGGGCUGGUAACUACAUGGAACACGGGGGUCUUGAUGAGCGACAGCUGCGGCUACAUUGCCGUGGACCACGACCAAGGCGCCCGGCUGCACUGGGGACCCUCUGUGGGCUCGGAGGAGACCACAAGCGGGGCCAUCGUAGUCGCCUUCCGCGGCACUUACAGCAUCACCAAUACGGUCAUCGACCUCAGCACUGUGCCCCAGGAGUACGUGCCCUACCCGUCCCCGGAGGACGGAGGAGACGAAGCCCCUGAGGAGCCCGAGCACAGGUGCGAGAACUGCACAGUACACAUGGGUUUCUUGACCUCGUGGCAGACUGCCCGAGAGGAUGUUCUGCCAACUUUGAAGCCUCUACGUUCGCAGUAUCCUGAUUACCCUAUCCAUCUCGUCGGCCAUAGCCUAGGCGGCGCCGUCGCCGCCUUGGCAGCCCUGGAGAUGAGGGUCAUCCUUGGCUGGGAGAAUGUAAUCGUGACUACGUUUGGGGAGCCAAGAGUUGGGAACAACGGCUUCGUGCGCUACCUCGACGCCGUUUUCGACCUCAAGAACAACCGCACGGAGCCGGAGAGGCAGAUAUACAGGCGCCUGACCCACGUUGACGACCCUGUGCCUCUUCUCCCCUUGCACGAAUGGGGGUAUAGGUCACAUGCCGGCGAGAUAUUCAUCUCCAAAUCCGACUUGCCGCCUGCUCCGGGAGACAUCUGGCCGUGCGUAGGCGACUACGACCCGAGAUGCAUCGCUGGGUCCCAGGGCGAGGAGGUGAUGGAGAUAAAGAAAAGAGCCCUUGCUGGCAAGGCUUCUGAGGAGACAGGUGCAGUUGAGAAGCGCUGGGGCAUCCCGUCACGUUUUAAGCUUUGGCAGCUCCUGUUCGCCCAUCGCGAUUACUUCUGGCGUCUUGGCCUGUGUGUCCCAGGAGGGGACCCCUUUGACUGGGGACGGGACAGAUAUCCCAACGUCACCGUUAGCGACGAGCUUUAG